GAGGUGAAGCGGAUCUACCUGUUGUCCUGUAGACCUUACCACCAAUAGAAGGAUCAGAACGCACAAUCUCCUUUACUCAACUUGUUCAAAGCACCGAGAUGGAGGUAACAGAGGAAGAGCAUAAAGGUGCCGCUGAAGUGGAGAAGCUGCAAGAAUGUGUUAGGCAGUUGCUCAACAUUUGCGCGGCCGAAGCAGUUGACAUUCCUGAACAUUUGAGGAACGAACUCCAGGAGUCCAUUGAGGGUGUGUCGGCUGUCGUCGCCAAGUAUGACCCUGGCUACCAUAUCUUGCAAGAAGAAAUCAAACAUGUCAGCGAAGACAUUGAAUCCAUGGCGGGAGAAAACCCUCUGAUGGUGCUCAUGCGAAAGUGGCUUGAGCGAGUCAAGGCACAGUUUCCUGGCAUUGAUGUCCGCGUCAAGGAUGGAUCUUACACUGUCACCAACUUUAUCGAACAAGUCGCCGAUACUGGAGAUGCAAAAGGGCCCAAACGAGCCAAGCAAAAGAUUGCCACAGUCCAGACGGAAAGCCCCAUUUACAAGCUCUUGAAAUCCCUGAAACUGCUUGUCACCACGGGAAAAUGUGGAAACCCGACCAUCAAGGAAACAAAAGCUGUCAUGGAAGGCGUCAAUCUCGCUCUCGAGAGGGGAAAGCUCUAUCUCAUCUUGGGUGCACCUGGGUGUGGCAAAUCCACGCUGCUCAAGAUGAUUGCAGGUACUCUUCAACAAGAUGCAAAUCAUGUAGUGGCUGGAUCUGUCUUUGUCAAUGGAUUUGAACAAGCUGCCAAGGAAGUCGUCUGGUCCAACCUUGCGUCAUACAUUGACCAAAUUGAUCGACUUCAUGCUAGGCUUACUGUCAAAGAGACGCUAGAAUUUGCUUGGAGGUGCCGUAGUGGUGGGACUCACAACAAACCAUACUUUGGCAAGGACGAGGAAGUCAAAAAGGCCAUUGCAGAAGCCGACAAUGAACUCUUCUUUGUCAACCGAAUCAUGGAUGGGCUCGGCUUGGCCAGAGUCGAAGAUACCUUUGUCGGAGAUCAGCAAAGUGUUCGUGGUGUCUCGGGAGGAGAAAAGAAACGCGUCACUGUCGGUGAAAUGUUUGUCCUGCAAACUCCCGUAUCCUGUUGUGAUGAGAUUAGUACCGGUUUGGACGCCGCGACAACCUACGACAUUGUCAAGUUGAUCAAGUUUGGUGGGCAAGUCUCGCAAACCUGCAAAAUCAUUUCCCUGUUGCAGCCUCCACCAGAAGUCGUCGCGCUCUUUGACGAAACAAUCCUCUUGAGCGAAGGGAGAAUCAUCUAUUGCGGCCCAACAACGUCCAUUAUUGAUCAUUUCAGUUCCUUGGGAUACUCCCUGCCGGAACGCGUGGACGUCGCCGAUUGGUUGCAACAACUCCCAACACCGGAUGGAGCACAGUUCUUGACUGACAGCAAUGCAACACACUUGACAUCAGCUGAGUUCAAGGAGAAGUUUGACUCUAGUCAAUUGGGCAUGGACAUCAAAGAAAGAUUGGAAAAGCCAUUUCUUGUGGACUCGCAAUGUGAAGAGGAGGCAAAAAGGGAACUGAAAAGGCGUUACCAAAACUCUGCAAUCGGCUCCUUGAGACUUGUCAUUGGUCGGGAACUGCUCCUCUGGUGGCGCGAUAAGCCUGCAAUUCAGGCUAAAAUCAUGCAAGAUCUGAUCAUGGGAACUGUUGCAGGGACACUCUUUUGGCAAGCCGACGAACCUCAAUCCAUCAUGGGUAUUCUGUUCCAGAGCAUGUUCUUUUGCUCGUUGGGAUCCAUGUUGAUGGUUGGGGAGCAGUUUUUCCCGCGUGCCAUCUUUUACAAGCACCAGGAUGCCAACUUGUUCCCCAGCUGGACCUUUGUAAUUGGAAGGAGUCUUGCGACUAUCCCAAAUGCCCUGUGUGACGGAGUGAUCUAUGGCUCCCUCACGUAUUGGUUUGUUGGGCUAGCCCAGCCUAGAGAUGGUGGCUCUGUUGCCAACUACUUCAUUUAUCUCCUCCUCCUAUUUUGCAUUUCGCUCUCCGCUAGUCUCUUGUUCAGUGUCUUCUCUUCGGUUGUUCGAGAUCGGACCAUUGCUCAAGCAGCAAUGGCAGUUUCCAUGGUCAUGCUUGUCCUUUUCAGUGGCUUCACCGUUCAACCAGAUGUCAUUCCAGACUACUGGAUAUGGGUGUAUUGGUGCAAUGUUUUUGCUUGGAUCUUGCGAGCCCUCUGUGUAAACGAGUUUACCAGUGGCAAGUACUCUGAGCAGGAAGGACGAAACAUCCUUUUGCGAUUUGGAAUGGCCCAUAACGGAGAACCUUUCACAACUGAGUGGAUUUGGUAUGGAGUUGCUUUUGCCAUUGGAACUGGGCUGGUUGCAACGCUGCUCUCGGUUACCUUUUUGUCGCUUGUUCGCUUCCAAACUGGCAAAUCCUUGGCGACGGACAUGGGGGAUGCCGAGGAAGACGUAGAUGAGGCGUCCUUACGAGAAGACGUUGCGAUCCCGUUCACUCGUGUAAAUCUCACCUUCAGAGGAAUUCGUUAUACAGUCACUGCUAGUACAUCCCGUGAGAAGUUGGAGCUGCUGAAAGGUGUCGAUGGAGUUGUGGAAGCGGGCAAGAUGACGGCGUUGAUGGGUUCUUCUGGGGCGGGUAAGACGACAUUGAUGGAUGUCCUUUCAAUGAGAAAGAGCUCAGGCGAAAUCGAAGGUGAUGUCUGCUUGAACGGGCACCCGCAAGAACCAAGAUCCUUUCGUCGGUGCACUGGUUACGUUGAGCAGUUCGAUGUCCAGAGUGCCCAAUUGACAAUUCGAGAAACCGUGGAGUUUUCGGCAAGGUUGCGUUUGGAAGAAACUGUCAAGGAAGUUACACCAAGAAACAUAAUGAGAUUCGUGGAUCAGGUACUUGCCAUGUUGGAGCUGACUCCCAUACAGGACUUACAGGUUGGUGAUGACUUAUCCGGUGGGUUGUCCUUUGAACAAAAGAAGAGGCUUUCCAUCGCGGUCGAACUUGUCGCAAACCCUUCAAUAAUUUUUUUGGAUGAGCCAACCUCUGGGUUGGAUGCCCGGGCGGCCUCAAUUGUGAUGAAGGGUUUGAAGCGCAUUGCAGAAACCGGCCGUGCCGUCGUCGCAACUAUCCAUCAACCGAGCAUUGCAAUCUUCAAUUCUUUUGACACCUUGCUGCUUCUCAAACGUGGAGGAGAGGUUGUAUUCUUUGGCGAUCUCGGAAAAGACAGUGUGAGUUUGAUCAAUUACUUUGAGCGGUACAGCGCAACCACCCCCAUCAAGCCAGGAGAAAACCCCGCCACGUGGAUGCUAACAGUGAUUGGCGCUGGAAGUAGCGCUGGAACUACACGCCCAUUUGACUACGCUGGCAACUACACUGGUUCCAAGCUCCACAAAGAGUGCCUCGACAAUAUUGCAACCCUGUCGUCGAACCCCACCGAUGAAAACAAAGUGUCCUUCCCUGGGCUGUACGCCACUUCAAUGUUAACGCAGAGCACUCAAGUUUUGGACAGAAUCCUCAAGAUUUACUGGCGGUCUCCAAGCUACAACUUGGUCCGCAUCAUGGUGGCGGCCGUCGUUGCCCUGCUUUUCUCGAGUGUGUACAUUACCUCUAGAGUACCAAAAACGGAGUCCGACAUGAACUCCCGCGCCACGACAAUCUUCAUUGCUACAAUCUUUUUGGGUGUCAGUGCGUUCAACACGGUGCUUGCGGUCUUUGAAGCAGAGCGUAACAUGUACUAUCGCCACUCGGCGGCGUUGAUGUAUGACCAGAAGGCUCUUCUGAUGUCUUUCACUUUCGCGGAACUACCUUUCGUGAUGUUAGUGAGCUGCGUCUUUGUGGUGCUCUUCUAUUUCAUCAUGGGGUUCGCCCUCGACGUGGAAAAAUUCCUCUUUUACUACUUGUUUUUCGUGUUGGCUCAAAUGACAUUUACCUACAUGGGUCAAAUGUUUUCAAGUCUAUUCCGCGACAGUAUGACGGCACAGGGUGCGGGAGGCCUGUUUGUUUCAAUGACAGUGAUGUUCACUGGUGUUUUGAUUCGCCCCAACGAAAUGCCCGAGUUCUGGCGAUUCAUGUACUAUGUGACUCCCGGCCACUACAUCUAUGAGGGCUUGCUGAUGACUCAAUUCACAGAUGAUACUACGCCAAUUACUGCCAGUCAGGGAUCGCCCUUCUACAUGUCCUUGGUGGCUCAGGGCUGCACUCCACCUGGCCCUUGUGUGGGAACUGCCGAAGAAUGGGUAAUCGUUUCGUUCGGUGACUUUUCCAUUGACAAUGUCCCCUGGAACCUUUUGUAUCUUCUCGGGCUUGUUUUCUUCACUCGCUUCGCGACGUACUUGGCGUUGACUCACUUGAACUAUCGAAGUACAUGAGCUGCGCUGACUGACGAUGUGAUAAUAUUUCAUUGAGUGAGAAGACUUCUUGCAUUGAGCUUUUAGCUUGAAUGUUGAUGGGCUCCUCCCUGCCUGGAAAAGGUCAUCACGUUGACACGACAUUUGGUAUCGCUGGAAGUUGCUGGCGGGCUCUAAGGUGCCCUACAUCAACCCAAUCUAUAAUUCAAUCAGGACCAUUGAUACCAGUGUGUGUACUUGAGUAUUCUUACCAUGGACAAAAUAGCGUAUUGUUUCAUGCCCUCUGCUCGAGUCACCAGUGAGAUUAGAUGUCCAAGGAGCCCGGGUGACGGAGA